UCCUUCUCAUCUUUAGAUUUUAUCUCCCAACUCUUCCACCGUAGACUCUCUCCUUUUUCUCCAUUUUUUUGGGGAUUUCUAAUACCAUUGAUGCUUCAGAGAUGUAGAGUACCAACCCUAUCAGAGAGCCGGCUGGAUUUUCUCCCAAAAAUUUCGCCCUUUCGCUCGAUUAAGAGACAUAGAGACUAGUAUAGAGGAGUUAAAAAUUAGUGCCCUCGUGUGUAUCUCUCCAAUCGGUCAAGAGAUGGAGCUGUUCUUCAGAAAAUUCUCCAUUCAAGGCUGUGGGUUAUGGAGUUCAUAAGCUCUGGGAAUACAACGUUGGGAGAAGAUGAGCUUCGUGUACAAGCACUGUCUAUGAGUAAUGGCUCUAGCAAGAGAUCUAAGAUUUCCAUAAAGUUUUUUGAUGAUUGCAAUGGCGUUGAUCAUGCCUCUGUUCUGAGAAAGCUACGGUCGAGGAAUGAGAAAAAAUUAGCUUUUUGCAAGAAACUUGGAGCUGAUGUGUGCAUCAAUUACAAGAGGCAGGAUUUUGUUAAACGGGUGAAGGAAGAAACGGGUGGACAAGUGGCAGGCGUUGAUGUUAUUCUGGAUCCGAUGGGAGCAUCCUGCUUGAUGCGAAACAUUGAGAGCUUAAAUGUUGAUGGGAGGCUUUUUAUUUUUGGCACUAUGGGUGGUUCAGAUGCAAAAAUUGAUCUCCGUGUUCUUCUUGCAAGGCGCCUCACAGUGCAAUUCACUGCUAUUUGCUGCGGGCUUGCGACCGACCCAUGCCCAAGCAACUGCUGUGAGUUGGAUUCUAAAGGAUGGGAUGCAGCAUGUGGAGAAGCUCAUUUGUAGCAACUUGGGCGCUAGAAUGGAUUCGGAGCCUAAAAGUUGGAGAAUUCUGG